UUUAAUUGAUCAGUACUAUUUUUGGCUACAAGUUUCAUUUAUAAAAUAAAGAAAGCGUAUAGCUCAAUUUUAGUGUGACCAGUAGCUUUGCGCCCUUCAGCAACCAACGGUCACAUCAGCACUCACAACUUCCAAUUGGAAAUGUAAAUAAAUAAAUAUUUGGAAAAAAUAAUAUACAAUAAUACAAAAAAAUGUUGCGUUUGGGCACGCAAAUGUGCCGGCAAGUGGCCCUGAAUGUCCAGACUGGGUGCCGUAUCCCAGGCAGCAGCAGUACCCAGAAAUUGGUCACCAGGAAGAUGACACAACAGCGAACGCCGGUGGAUUGGACCACAAGUAUUCCGACUAAGGCGGCCAAGGACAAGGAAAAGAUUGCUCCUUUGGGAUGGUUUCUGCUGCUCAUCCCAGCUACUACUUUUGGACUUGGUUGCUGGCAAGUAAAGCGAAAGAUUUGGAAGGAGCAGUUGAUCAAGGAUCUUAGUAAGCAACUAAACACAGCUCCUGUGGAUUUACCAGAAGAUCUCAGCGACCUUUCUCACAUGGAGUACCGUAUGGUCAAGAUUCGUGGACGUUUUCUGCACGAAAAAGAGAUGCGCAUGGGUCCAAGAUCACUCAUACGUCCCGAUGGCGUAGAGACCCAAGGAGGACUCUUUUCGCAGCGGGAUUCGGGCAAUGGAUAUCUAAUAGUGACCCCUUUUCAGCUGGCAGACAGGGACGACAUAGUGCUCGUCAAUCGUGGAUGGGUGUCCCGCAAGCAAGUGGAGCCGGAAACACGUCCGUUGGCUCAAGUGAAGACGGAAGUGGAACUCACAGCCGUGGUGCGCAAAGGAGAAGCCCGUCCUCAGUUCACACCCGAUCACAAAGGCAAUAUCUACCUAUAUCGCGACCUGCCACGGAUGUGCGCUUCCACAGGGGCUGCUCCCGUGUUCCUGGAUGCCACCUACGAUGUCGAGGCGGCUAAAAAUGGUCCCAUCGGGGGCCAGACACGCGUCACCCUGCGCAACGAUCACCUGUCGUACCUGGUCACCUGGUUCAGCUUAUCGGCGGCCACUUCGUUCCUCUGGUACAGACAAAUAGUCAAAAGGAUACCUUUCUGAGAAGGCCUUAAAUCAAACGCUUUGUUGUUAUUUUUAUAAAAUUUACAUGCUCUUGUGUAAA